CCAAAAUCAGUCACAAAUGCCUGCAAUCAUAUAUCCAAGCGAGUGCUGAGUGUCGACUGCCGUUGGGGUGCUGUUUUUUGUCGCCACUUGGAUUGGAGGCACCAUUCCUGGCUACAUACUUCUUGACCUGACAAGAUGAGGAUCGCAUGUCUUCAGUUCGCACCCCAGGUGGGGGAUGUCGACAACAACCUGAACCGGGCCGACGCGAUCAUCAGCAAAACCCACCCAUCGCAGUUGGAACAUCUGGACCUGCUCGUCCUCCCGGAACUUGCUUUCACGGGUUGCAACUUCAAAUCCCUGAACGAGAUAUCGCCAUUCCUGGAGCUAUCAGGCUUCGGCAUCAGCUCGCUAUGGGCCCGAACCACGGCCCUGAAGCACAACUGCCACGUCGUGGUCGGCUAUCCCGAAAAGGUCGACGUGGAGCCCAUCUGGCCGACGUCUCCAGAGUACUACAACUCGUGCAUCAUGGUGGACGGCGAGGGUGAAACGGUCGGGAACUACAGGAAGUCGUUCCUCGAUGUGGACGAGAGGUGGGCGCUCGAGGGAAGAGAUGGCUUCUUUGAUGAAGAAGUUGAUGGCCUUGGCGUGAUUGCCAUGGGCAUUUGCAGCGAUAUCAACCCCUACAAAAUGGAGGCUCCUUGGGCCUCUUUUGAGUUUUCAUACCAUGCCCUCGACUCAGAAGCUCGGCUGGUGAUUGUGACCAUGUCUUGGCCCACGCAAGAGGACAUUGGCCAAUACAGCUGCCAGCCCUCUGAGCCAGACAUGGCCAUGGUUGUAUAUUGGACCGAGCGCCUGGAGCCCCUGAUACGCGCCGAGAAUGACGAGGAGACCAUAGUCGUGUUCUGCAACAGAACCGGCACAGAAGGUGAUAUGACCUACGCCGGAUCGAGCGCUGUGCUCGGGAUCAAGGACGGGGAGAUUUCCAUCUACGGAAUUUUGGGUCGAGGUGUCAAGGAGCUCCUGGUUGUGGACACUGAUGAUCCGCCUCUGGCGAAGCUGGUCGACAGCGCAAAGUCGACAGCCUUUGAGACCACAGAGAGUACUCCCAGUCCUUUGGAACAGGACUUCGUUGCAUUGGCGCCAGAACCUUUGAGGUUGACACGAACCAAAUCGCCCGUGCCGUCUCAGGAGCCCCUGAAAGACAGCUCGAGCAACUUUCUCAAAGUUCCAAAAUCAUCAUCAGACCCUAAUCAUGCUCCACAAAAGUCUUUGCCCGAUCCAAAGUUGGACGCAAAGCCCGUUGUGGCGCCCCUGCAUACGUCCUUUUCAAGUCACCAAACACCCGCCAUGCCUCGUCCAAACUCACACAGCUCUCAGCAAAACUCCCCCGACACUACAAAUGAAACACCACAGACGGCUAAACUCGAAGCCGCCCGACUGACCUCGCCGGUCGAUCAGCGAGGACCGUCCAUCGGCAUGCGACGUUCAGCGGCUGCCCAGUGCCUCACCAUCGACACGCACGUAGACACCAUGUACAGGAAGGUCACCAAAGCCGAACCGGCCUCGGCACCCAGUCGCAGCCAUCAGCCAGGCUCCGCCUUGUCGCCGGCUAUCAGACUGCCCAAGAGCUCUGUGCUCAUCUCACCUCCCCUCCCCAGCGAUCUGUCCUCGAUCAACAGCCCUCUUCUCGAGACGCCCACCGGUCCCAGCCCCUUGCCCGAUGACCUGCGGCCCAAAUGGGACUUUUCUGCCGACUCGUCGCAGUACCUUGCCGGCUUGAAGCCUCUGAGUCCUUCGAGAUUCGGCCGCACGCAUCCGACCACGACCGGCUUCCUGACGUCGCCUCGCACUCCAGAAACGCCGUAUCCGGAGCUAUUCGAAGGCACCCCUCAGGAGGACUACUCUGGGGUCUGGCGACGGAGAGGCAAGGAUUCUAGCGCGUUGGAGGCGGCAACCGACGAGCGGCCUGGUACGAGGUCAAGGACUGGCUCGGACUCGUACCGCAAGAUAUCGAAAGCGCCACAACCAUUCAAGACAAGAGACGGCGAUAACGAAUCUCGAAGGCCGACAGAAACGUUUGUAGGAGACAUUAGGCACUCAUCGUCAACUCCACGACGGUCCAAAGGAGGUGGACGUGCAUCGCCUCGACAGGAGCUACUCAAAUCAUACAGGAAUCGCGGCAGCGACUCGACCUGCAUCCCGAUCGCCGCAAGCCCGAGUGUGUUCCAGACCAGGUUUGAACCAGAGGACAUCAGGAUACCACCCAAGCCACAGCGCACAACACCCACCCCGAUGAGCCAGAAAGAAAAAGGAUCCAUCUCGGUGCCGACAAGCCCGGGCGCCCAACUGCCUCACAGGGUCAGGUCUCCGCCUCAGCAGCGAGCACUGCGACCGGCGCCUUCACUACCCCAGCUCACCCAAAAACGCUCAAAGUCGCCCGCGAACCUCGAGCCGCCCCCAGACCUCCCCCGGCGCAGCAAAAGCCCCCAGGGACGAUCGACUCCCAGCCACGCGACUAGACCCGAUCACGGCGGCUCAGAAGUGCAGAAAAGAAAUGGCGCCGAGCGGACCAGGAACCGCUCCUCUACGGCCUGCGCCGCGAGCGGCCCCACGAUCCCACCGCAGGCAGCCGAAACCCCCGCCCAGCAGGCUAGCCAAAUCACGCGGCCGCACACCAGCCAGGGGACCCGCGGGCGCGUCUCCCCCUUUCCCGUGCUGCCCCGGCAUGCCCGACAGGCUUCGCAAUCCGCGGCUGAGAUGCCGAGCAUGGAGCGGUCCUCGAGACGAUCUCGGAGUCGCGGGGAGGCCUCCAGGACCACGCGCGGGAGGUCUUCCCCGCGUGCCUUUGGGGACGGGGCGGCGGACGACGACGAGAUUGUCGUCACCAUAAGCAAGGUCACCCGGGGCUGUCCCGCGCACUCCAGCGCCGCACGCGGCGACACGACCGGCGUCCAUUUGGCUGCCGACGGACAGAUGUACUCUAUUGCGUUCUCCGAGGGGUUUCAGAGUCUUGCCGAUGUUAUUUUGCCGCGAGUAAGGGACGGCCGUGAUGUGGUUGAGAAGAGGCGCAACUAACAAACAUCACAUGGAUUUGGUAUUGAAUCUGG